AUGGUGCUACUUAAUUUGUUGAGUGGUUUGAUUCACUGUGAAAUAAACGCAGGUGACGAAUUCACCCUAUCAGUUGGUGAUCAAUAUUUCUACUAUGACUCAAACAAUGAUGGUGUGAGUGGAACGAAGAGUAAUACGCCAACAUGGGUUGCCAAGAACCACAGUAAAGGGGGAUUGACGUUUGAAAGCACUGAAUUGAAGAAGGCACUGAAUUAUAGUCCAAGGUAUAGGGGUCUUGUACUGUACUCCAGGGGAGUUAGAAAGCCAAACAACAACUGGACUGUGAUAGAACAGAAGAGUGGGAAGGUUCAGCUCAAAGGAAACUAUGGGAAAUGCGGACUAUUGACUAAUGGGAAAUUUAAGGCAGCAAAAUGUAAUGAAAAUAAUAAGAAUCAGCUCUUUACAGUUCACAAGAAGGGUGAAGAGGUUUCAAGUGAAGAUAUUACGACACCAUUGAAGGAUGAGCAGCCUAAAAAGCAGUCAGGAGAUAACUUUAUAGCCAAUAACGCGGCACAGAGCACUAAAACACCUAAAAAGAAACCUCAGGUUGAGAAGAGUAACAAAAUGCCGCUUACCAAAGUGGAAACAAACCAAAACAAACCACCAAAAAAGCUGAAAAUGAAUGGAAAUGCUGAAAUCAAUGAUAGCAUGGUUAAAAAUGGAAGUGUACUUGAUUAA